AUGGCAGAAACAUUCAAAUUCAAACUACUUCAGUCUACCCCCUAUUAUGCUCAAGCUAAUGGACAGGCAGAAUCAAGUAACAAGGUGAUUAUCAAUAUCAUCAGGAAGAUGUUGGAGAAGAAUCCAAAACAGUGGCAUGAAAAGUUAUCAGAGACUUUGUGGGCAUACAGAACUUCCAAAAGAGAAGCAACUGGCAUGACUCCCUAUGCUCUAACCUACGGCCAUGAUGCAAUUCUGCCUAUGGAGAUAGCAGUCCAAUCUCUUAGAAUUGCUCACCAGCACCAUCUCACAGGAGAAGACUACUCUCAAGCCAUGUUACUUGAAUUAGAAGAAUUGGAUGCAAGUAGGAUUGACACCCUCAACAAACUCUUGGCAGGAAAACAGGCUGUAUCAAGAGCAUACAAUAAAAGAGUUAAAGACAAAAGUUUUGAAGAAGGAGAGAUAGUCUGGAAGGCAAUUCUGCCCCUUGGAGCACACAUAGCUGGAUACGGAAAAUGGUCACCUACAUGGGAAGGUCCUUUUGUGAUUAACCAGAUCCUCGGAAUGGGGGCAUAUAGGUUGCAGGACAGAGAUGGAGUUGUUCACAAUGCCCCAAUCAAUGGCAAAUGGUUAAAGAAAUUCCACCCAACCAUGUGGGAUUCACAAGCUGUGCAGACAGACCCCGGGAUAGAAAAAGAACAAGGCUAA